UAGAGAGUCUACAUACGGGCCUUUCUACUGCCGUCAGCAACGUGGUAGUUCCGGAACCACGCCCGGCGUGAAGAUGGUCGCUCAAAAGAAACAGAAAAAGGCUUUGGAGAGCAUCAACUCUCGGCUAGCGCUGGUCAUGAAGUCUGGCAAGUAUGUCCUCGGCCACAAGCAGACUAUCAAGACACUGCGACAGGGGAAGGCCAAGCUCAUCAUCAUUGCCAACAACACCCCUCCUCUCAGGAAGAGUGAGAUUGAGUAUUACGCCAUGCUCGCCAAGACUGGCGUUCACCACUACACGGGCAACAACAUCGAGCUUGGUACCGCCUGCGGAAAGUACUACAGGGUCUGCUGUCUCAGCAUCACCGACCCAGGUGAUUCGGACAUCAUUAGAAGUAUGCCUUCCGAGCAGUGAUGUGGACCUCCGAUUGUAAUAAAUAUAAAGACCCAGCC